AGUUCAUUCAAAUUUCAGUCGCAGACAAAGACUCAAAAGCGUUAGACCGGUGCGGUUCAGGUGCUUCGUAGUUCAGUUGAAGUUGCGUUUGAGUUUGAAUUCGAAAUUGAAAUCGAAACUUGUCUGCAAAAGCGAAGAAUACUAGAAAGUUGAAGAGAAAAAGUGAAACACCUCGGCUCUGAACAACGCGUAGUGAAGUCGCGUCUUAACUCGAAUUUACUACCGAACAAAGUUUAGUGCAUUGCGAAAGCUAAGCCCUAGCGGACGUGUGUCAGUCUCGUGAAUACUUUUCGGUGCAAAUUAAGUUCGAAACAUUUUUGAAGCGGAUUUUAAACGGUUUUUCGGAAUAUAGAGUGAUCAUUAAUAUUCACAGGACUCUUCUCUGCAGUUCUCAUCUCAGCUGCAGGUCAUUUAGGUCUGAGUUGUACAAGGCAAUGAAAUUCGUUGUUUCCUGAACGAUAUUCUUCAUUGGAAUAAAGUACAAAUUUUUCAAUAUCAAAAGUUUUUAAUUAAGAGCAUUUAAGAUGGAGGACUCAGUAAAUAAUAAACAGAAUGGACACCAGUUGGAGUCAUUAACGCAUCCUGAAGAAAUUGCUGAAGCUGAACCACUGUCAUGGAGAUUUUGGAGGAAACGCCGGUACAUCGUAGUGCUGUUGGCCUUUUUUGGUUUCUUCAACGUCUACUCGAUGCGUGUAAAUUUGAGUGUGGCAAUUGUAGCAAUGACGGAGAACCGCACGACAAUUGACGCCAAUGGUGUGGAAACGGUCGGACCUGAGUUUCCUUGGGACUCCAAGCAAAAAGGACUUAUACUCAGUUCAUUCUUCUAUGGCUAUAUACUGACACAAUUCGCGGGCGGUUUUAUUAGUUCGAAAAUAGGUGGCAACAUUGUUUUUGGCAUAGGCAUUGGUGCCACUGCUAUAUUGACACUAUUCACACCGAUGGCUGCGAAACAUAGUUUGGAUGCAUUCAUUGCUGUUCGUAUAAUUGAAGGUUUCUUCGAAGGUGUGACUUUCCCUUGCAUACACGCCGUCUGGUCACGUUGGUCACCGCCACUAGAGCGUUCACGUAUGGCUUCCAUUGCAUUUGCUGGUAACUAUGCAGGCACUGUCGUGGCUAUGCCAGCGUCAGGCUUACUUGCCACUGCUUACGGUUGGGAGAGCGUCUUCUAUGUGUUUGGUACCAUUGGUUGCCUUUGGUUAAUACUUUGGUUCAUUAUUGUGCGUUCUGGACCUGACAGAGAUCGUUUCUGCUCACAAGACGAACGUGAAUAUAUACAAAAAACUAUUGGCUACACUAGUGAACAAAAAGUAACACAUCCCUGGAGAGCUAUAUUCACUUCACUGCCGUUUUAUGCUAUUAUUGCUUCACAUUUCUCUGAAAAUUGGGGUUUCUAUACCUUACUUACGCAAUUGCCUACUUUCCUUAGAGAUACACUUGAAUUCAAUUUGGACAAAACUGGUUUCCUUGCUGCGGUACCAUAUUUGGCUAUGGGUAUCCUCUUGGGUGUUUCCGGUUACUUGGCCGAUAUGUUGCAAGUCAAGGGUAUUCUUACUACGACCCAAGUCCGUCGCUAUUUCAACUGUGGCGCAUUCUUGGCACAAACUGUUUUCAUGGUAUUGACAGCUUACCUAUUGGAUCCAACUUGGUCGGUUGUUUGCAUCACCAUUGCUGUAGGCUUAGGUGCUUUUGCCUGGUCUGGAUUUGCUGUAAAUCACUUGGAUAUAGCGCCACAACAUGCCAGUUUGCUUAUGGGUAUUGGUAAUACCAUUGCUACUGUUCCUGGUAUUGUCAGUCCUAUGUUGACUGGUUACCUUGUUGUUGAUGGUACAAGUGAUGAAUGGAAAGCUGUCUUCUUUAUCUCAGCUGGUAUUUACUGCAUCGGCUGCAUUAUUUAUUGGAUUUGGGCGUCAGGUGAACUACAAGAAUGGGCUAUGACUCCAGAACAAAGAGCGGCAGCAUUAGAACAGAAAGCACAAAAGAAUGGUCAUACAAAUGAAGCGCUCGAGCUGAAGGAAUAACGAAAACCAUUGUGAGCGAAACCUUUAUGGCGUCUCAAAUUAAAAUGAUACUAAUUUUAUAUUUAAGAAAAAAAAUGCCAAUGUAUUAUUACCUUUAUUUUAAUUUUUAUUACUAUUACAGUUAUUAUUAUGAUACUGUUUGUUAUUGUAAUAUUUUGUUGUUUUAUACAACCGUUUUUAGUUAAUAAUAUAGAGUGUAAGUCGACUUGUCAGUAAAUUACAGGUACAAUCGAGCAUCCUAAAAGCAUGCUACAUAAAUGUUUAUGAAAUAGCGUAGUUCAGAAAAAAGGUUGCCAUAUUUGAAUUAUUUUGUGAAAAUAUAAAAAAUUUAAUUAUUAAUUAUUUUUGUUAUAUGAUAUAUAAUUAUAUAUAAAAAAAUAUAUUUAUUUGAUUCAACAAUCUCCAGUAAAAUUUUAUGUAUUCGAGUACUUUUGAUGUGCUAUGCAACAUAUGUUGAUAUUGACUAUUUUAAUAUCUAAACAGCGAAAAUAGUUAAAAUUGUAUUAGAAUAAGAAUUACGAUUUAAAACAAUAAAUAUU